AUGUCGCGAGCAUCACCUACUGGUAUCAAAGUGAUCGUCAUUGGUGCGGGCUUUGGUGGUUUAGCUGCCGCAAUCGAAUGCAUUCGCCAGGGGCAUGAAGUCGAAAUCUUUGAGCAAGCACCCGAGUUCCUCCCACUAGGCGACUUAAUUGUCCUCACACCUAAUGGAACGCGGAUUGUAUCGACAUGGGAUGACGUUCUCCCCAAAAUCAUGCACCAGUGCUUGUGGGUAGACGCCAUGGAGAUCCAUCGCGCAAGCGGCGAGUUGCUGCACAAGCAAGAGUGGCAGAACUCCUACCAAGGAGCCCCCUUCUGUAUGGGACAGAGAAGCUUUUAUCAGAAAACACUUGUCGACUUUGCCGAAUCUCUGGGAAUCAAGAUCCAUCUCAACACCCGUGUCGAAGAACAUUUUGAAACAGAGCACAAAGCUGGCAUUAUUGUCGACGGAGUCAGACACGAAGCAGACGUGCUGAUUGGCGCGGACGGCAUCCGGAGCCGCUGCAGAACGUUUGUCACAGGACAGACAGAUGAUCCUCAGGGUUCCGGAUACGCAGUCUUUCGAGCUUGGUUUCCCUUGGACCAGGUUAAAGACCCUAUCAUUGACGAAUGGAAGGAUUCGGGAAAAGACGAAUACCAUCUCUUCAUCGGCGAGGAUCUUCAUGCGUUCAUCCUCACUUGUCCCACGCUCAACAUGGCUGUUUACGCUUUCACACACAAGGAUACAUUCGACGCGAAAGAGUCUUACACGCAAAUCGAUCAUGUCUUGCAGGCAAGCGAAGGCUGGGAUCCCAGAUUUCGAGCGUUCGUCAAAGCAACUCCAGAAGGCCGGCUCGUUGACUGGAAGUUGCUGUGGAGAGAUCCUUUCCGGCCGUGGGUGUCCAAGGGCGGUCGGGUGAUCAUUGCUGGCGAUGCUGCACAUCCUUUCCUGCCCACUUCUGGAAAUGGAGCAGUACAGGCCAUCGAGGACGGCGCAUCGAUUGCAUAUGUGCUUCGCCGUGGUGGUCGAGAGAACAUCCCCCUUGCAUUACGUGUCCAUGAGGCUUUAAGGUACGAACGAGUUACUCUUAGCCAGAGGAUUGGCUUCGAAACUCGUCAUCGUUUUCAUAAAACCAAGUGGGAAAAGUUGGCGGAAGAUCCCAGUGCUGUCAACAUGCCUCAACCAGCAUGGCAGUAUUCGCAUGAUCCAGUACAAUACGCCGCCGAAAAGUUGGAUGAAGCAGUAGCCGACGUUUUGGAAGGGAAGCCACUACAAUCAACGAACGUCGCGCCGGGACAUGUGCACAAGGAUUGGACUGUAGCAGAGCUCAUGGCCCUGGGAAGUGAGACCAUUGAUUAG